UUUGCAGUGUCGCAAGAAACACAAAAAUCUGAUUGGGUAGUACACCUUUAUAUUCAAGUUUCGCGGCAACGCACUCUCACCUCUCUCUUUCUCUCUCUACAUUCUUUCUCUCUCUAAACCCUGGCUUGUACUUCUCUUCUCCACCGAGCGAGCGAGCUUCAGCGGGAAUCGAUCAAACCCUAUCACCGAUACAUAAAGGUUCAAUGGCACCGACAAAGAAAUCUAGAAGUGUGAAUAAGCGGCUUUCAAAUUCAAAUGAUCUUUCUCCUGAGAAAGAUGGAGUUAAUUCAAAUAAAUACAAGCUACGGAAGAAAAAGUUGUCUGAUAAAUUGGGAUCUCAGUGGAGCAAAGAGGAACUACAGCGAUUUUAUGAAGCAUACAGGAAGUAUGGGAAAGAGUGGAAGAAGGUGGCAUCGGCUGUACGUAAUAGAUCCAUUGAAAUGGUGGAAGCUCUUUACAAUUUAAAUCGGGCAUACUUAUCUCUGCCAGAAGGGACAGCUUCUGUUGUUGGCCUCAUUGCAAUGAUGACAGAUCAUUAUAGUGUGCUGGAUGGGAGUGAUAGUGAAAGGGAGAGGAAUGAAGCAUCGGAAUCUCGAAAACCUGUAAAGCGAAAGCGUGAGAAAGUUCAGCUUAGUGUCUCAAAAGAUCCUCUCCAGGCUCAGACAAUUUCUUCCAGUGAUGGUUGUCUCUCUCUAUUGAAGAAGAGACGCCUUGAUGGUAUCCAGCCCCGUGCUGUUGGGAAAAGGACACCCCGUGUCCCAGUCUGCUACUCGUAUAGGAAAGAUGAUAGAGAAAAUUAUGUUUCACCAAAUCAAAGAAGCCUGAAAGCAAAUGCUGAUGCUAGUGAUGAUGAAGUUGCACAUGUAGCUUUGGCAUUAACCAAUGCUGCACAAAGAGGGGGCUCUGCCCUAGUUUCUAAAACACCACAAAGGAGAGCAGAGCAAAACUUCUCUCCUGUCCAGAGCUGGGAAAGAAUGCACCAAAUAUCGGCGACAGCUCGGGCUAAGUUUCAUGAUGUUUCUGUGGAUGGAGCGUUUUUGGAAGGAAGUAUAGAAAGAAGGGGAGCUGAAAAUGGAGAAUAUGUUAGGGAUACUAGUUUCUUGACUGAUAUGAAAGGUAUGAACAGGGUUGAUGUUCUUCAGAAAGGGGGGAAAUUGUACAAAAAGAAAGAGAAAGUGGAAAAUGCUGUACACUAUCAGCUUGAUGAUGGUGUAGAAUCAUGUAGUGGCACUGAGGAAGGACUUAGCAGUAGUUCUUUGAAGGAAAAAGUUGAUCUUGAGGUUACUAAUGAGAAACUUGAGCAAUUCCCUUCAAGAAGUCAGAGGAAAAGAAGCAAGAAACUCUUCUUUGGAGAUGAAAUCCCUGCCUUGAAUGCUCUGCAAACUUUGGCUGAUCUGUCUCUAAUGAUGCCAACAUCUACAAUAGAAUCUGAAUCAUCUUCCCUGUUGAAGGGAGAAAGAAUGACUGUUGAUAAAGAUGGCAAGUCUGUUUUACCUGAAGCAACAUCAAAAAGUAAUAAGAAAAAAAAACUUAAACUCUGUGUGGCCGAGGGAGUUGAGGCUUCAACCACCAAAAAAUCUAAACUCGGAAAGGACUCAGCAAAUGAUACUAAUGCUAUUUCUGAAUCAAAAGAGCAGGUUCCCUUUGCUGAUAGAAAAUGGAAAAGAAAGCAGAAGUCCCCGAUUUCUAAGGCUGUAGAGGGUGAAAACAAACCAGUGAUUAAAAGAAAACAAAAUGUUCAGGUUUUUGCCCUACCAAAACAAUUGAAGACAGUCAAAUCACCAGAGAAUUCCUUGUGUAGUGAUCAGAAAGAUUUGGAAGUAUCAACUGAAGAAAUUCCACUUUUGAAUGAAGUUGGUUUAAGUAAACAAAGAAGACUUAAGAUGAGUUUACAGAGAACACUCAGGCCUAAAGAGAAGUCUUCUGAGAAUAUAUUGAAAAGUCAACGUAAUAAGCACUCCACCCAAAAGGAAAAGCUUUCUAAUUGCUUGUCAUCUCCUAUGGUUCGUAGAUGGAUUACUUUUGAAUGGUUUUAUAGCGCAAUUGAUUAUCCAUGGUUUGCCAAAAGGGAAUUCAUUGAGUACUUAAAUCAUGUUGGAUUAGGAAAUACCCCAAGGUUAACUCGUGUUGAGUGGAGUGUCAUAAAAAGUUCCCUUGGCAAACCUCGCAGGUUUUCUGAACACUUCCUACGUGAUGAAAGACAAAAACUUCAACAGUAUCGUGAAUUAGUGAGGAAACAUUAUACUGAGCUACGGAUUGGUGUUAGAGAUGGACUUCCAACAGAUUUAGCAACACCACUAUAUGUUGGACAGCGAGUAAUUGCUCUUCACCCAAAAACAAGAGAGAUUCAUGAUGGUAGUGUGCUUACAGUGGACCAUGACAAGUGCAGGAUUCAGUUUAACCGUCCUGAACUUGGCGUUGAAUUUGUCAUGGACAUUGAUUGUAUGCCUUUAAAUCCAUCAGAUAAUAUGCCAGAAGCUCUAAGGAGACAGAUUGGUGUGAGAAAAUCCCCUUUUAUGACUAAAGAAUCACAGAUUAAUGGAAAUUCACGUUUUGGGGGUUGUGAAAAGCAUGCUUCACCUGUGAAGGAAAAGGUUGCUAUCAUUGAUAACCUCUGUGUACAAGCAGCUUGUGCUCAACCGUGUAAAGUGACGCAGCAUCAAGCUAAGGAAGCUGAUAUAAAUGCACUUUCUGAACUAAAGAGUGCUCUAGAUAAGAAGGAGACACUGUUAAUGGAGCUUGGAAAUGCAAAUAACAACUUAUUAGAAAACCAAAAUGGUGUGGAAUGCUCUAAAGAUUCUGAGGCUUUCAAGAAGCAUUAUGCCAUGGUACUUGUAGAGCUAAAGGAAGCCAGUGGACAGGUUUCCCAAGCUACGGUUCAAUUGAGGCAACGCAAUACUUACACAGGAAACUCUCUGCCACCAAGGAUGGAUCCCCAAGCAAGCUGCAAUAUUCACAAUCAUCUUUCCAGUGCAUUGGAUAGUUCUCUAGCACAAGAAUUAGGGUCAACUGUCAUUGAAAUCAUGAAAGGAUCCAGGCUAAAGGCACAUGCAAUGGUGAAUGCUGCAUGUCAGGCAUUAUCAUUGACAAAGGAAGGUGAAGAUGCUUUUGUGCGGAUUGGGCAGGCAUUAGAUUCUAUUGAUUAUCAGCGAUUAGCCUCCAACUCCAAGCUACCUGUGAUCAGGUCACAAGAUCAAGUGAAUGGCACUUAUUAUAAUCGGUCUAUUUAUUGUGCACCAGAGCCUUUACUCAAUGAUGCAUCUGGACCAAAAGUGCACAAUGAUUCUGACAAAGUUGAUAUGGAUGUUCUGUCAGAUCUCAUCACUUCAUGUGUUGCUACAUUAAUCAUGAUACAGACUUGUACUGAGCGCCAAUACCCUCCAGCCGAUGUGGUUCAGAUAUUAGAUUCUGCUGUUACAAGCCUGCGUCCAUGCUGUCCUCAAAACUUUCCAAUUUACAGAGAAAUUCAAAUGUGCAUGGGAAGAAUUAAGACCCAGAUUUUAGCUCUCAUCCCUACUUGACUUUUCUCUCUGAAGUAGCUGUGUAUAGGAUGCUGUAGUAUUAUUAGAGUUUCAUAUCUCAUGGGAGCUCCUCGCCCCAAUCACCCGGGGUAUUUUGUCUGUAUCAAGUAUUGAGUUGAUGAGUAAAAAAUAUCAAAUGCUAAUUUUAUGGAGUGAGAUUAUCUAAUCUAACUAUCAAGUCAUAUUAUACCAUCUAAAUAAUCAAGUACACAAAACUUGGGCU